AUGGUACCACCCGCGCAUCAGUCUGCCGCUCCGAUACCGCUGCUGCGUACAGCCAAGCAACCAUGCCUUUCAAUGCCAGCUCGAUCCAGAAAAGCAGUAAAUCUGCCGCACAGCAUGCCAUCGGCUGUAGCAGGCCCAUCAGCGCCACCUCAUACCACCUUGAGCCAACGAUUUCGACGCGCAAUACAACAAGUCGAUCUCGCCUCCGCUCAGCGUAUUGCUGCUAGAGCGUUCGAGUUGCAGUUCUUGUCUGAUCCAGCAAAUUACGAUGUGCAUGUCCAAUCCAUCGGACAGAGCGGGCCACGUCCGCCCAAAGCCGCCCUGCGCGCAGUACAGGCACAGCGACCUUCGUCGGCGCGUCCUUUCGACAUUCGCAACGUCGACCCUCUUCCCGAGCGCAUCGGCCUCACAAAGAGUCACCACCAUCGCAAAUACACACUCGCCAUCUAUGACGAGCCACUCGACUACCAUACUGUCAACGCUGACCCGAGCCUGAUGAUUGCUAUCAGAAGCAACGCCGAUGUCGAACUGGUUCGAUGGCUCAUCGAAAUGGGUCACGAGUACAAUGCGCCCAGCCUCGACGCGGACGGCCAUACCAUACUGCACUUAGCAACGCUCUAUGACCGAUCCGAUAUCAUCUACGCCUACUCGACAUACACAACCAGCCAUGUCGCAUCUACUCUGGCAGAUCUCAUCGAUGCCGAGACGCUGCACGAUUGCCGAACAGCGCUUCACCUAGCCUGCAUUCGCGGCUUUGACGACGUAGCACGCCAGCUUCUGGAUCUUGGUGCUGACCUAGACCUGCAGGAUCGUGCCGGCAAUACUGCGCUCCACUUUGCAUCCGCCUGGGGUCACCUCUCGCUGGUGCAGCUGCUCAUAGAACGAGGCUGUUCGCUCGCCGUUCAGAACACCGAGGGUUCCACCGCCUCAGAUUACGCCUACUCGCACAGUGUCAAAGAAGCGCUCGAGACGCUCGGCCGUGUCCGUUACGAGAGUCGCAAGAAGAUUCGACGUGUUCCUGUAGCCGCUGUGAUGCAUGCUGCGCCCCGAAAUGCAGCGUCUGCGCAUGUAGCGUCGCCUCAGGCGGACGAGUCAAGCGCAUCCGACAGGUCCUUGCGAUCUCGGCCUUUUCCCUCCUUCCUAAGUCGCAACGGAUCUCACAGUGGAGCACACAGAACUAGCACAGCAACGCCCAUGCACACUUCAUUCGCCGAAACUGGCGCUGAUCAGACACCAGAGCUGUACGCUGAUUGGGAUCCGGAGAAAACGUUUGCACAGCCAGGGCAGGAUCUCUUCCCUAGCAAUCGUGGCGCAUUCUCAUCCCCACCCGUACAGCGGGUCGCCAGUCCGGCGUAUCAGUCGACUCAGGGUCGCGCGUCAAUCGAUUUGUACAGCGAAGUACUCAAUCAGUCGCCUCGUGCCCCUGCAAGUAGAAGCAUGGCGGCUGCUCCGAUCAUCUCGCACGAAUACACACUCUCACCUCAGCCACGAUCUCUGGCGCAGUCACCACCAACAAUGCUACCGCCCACUGCCAAUGGCAUGUUGCCGGACAGCGCUUCGGGCACCGAUAUCAAACGGUCGCUUUCGCCCAAUCUUGGACCUGCCAUUCGACGUACACCGAGUCCAGGAAAUGUCGGUGCUUCUGCCGAUAAAGUUAGAAUGCAAGACGCUGCUGCUAUGUCGCUAUUCCGCAGCGCGUCGCCGCAGCCAAGUCUCGUGCCGGGUAGAAUCGAUACGCCCCCGACUGGCUACAUGAUACGAAGCGAGUGCCCCUUGUCGCUGACGACGAACCGGGCUGGGAAAAUCAGUGUCAAGUCUCCACCACCGCUCGAAGCAACGGGGACAAGGAGCAUGUAUGGCUCGACCAUGACGAGCGAUGGUGCCACUAGCAGCGACAAAGUCAGCGUGGCAGCCGCAGCGGACCGAAGUAGUGAGGGUCCGCCGCUGCUAGCACCUAUCGCAACUUUACCGAGGCGCGCUGAAGCAGACGACACAACCAAAAGCCCAGAUUCAUCGAUAGAUGCAAGAUCGAGUACAGACGUAUACGACGCGUCGCAGCAUUUCAUGGCUGACACACGUCGCGAUUCGAGCGCUUCCACUCCGAGACCGGCCGAAGAUCGCGAGACGUUUUGA